AUGUCCUACUCACCGAUCGAGACAGAUGCAGGCACAAACAAGAAUUUGCUGUCGGAAGAAGAGUCGGCAAAAUGGGGACCCGAUGAGAAGGUCAAGACAAUGAGAUUUCCGUCAUGGUGGAAGGUGAUACUUUACCCUAUAGUCCUUGCCAUUGUCUUUACCUUUGGGGGUCUGGCGGGCUACCGUUGGAACGAUAUCGACGGGCUAUGCAGUCACCACGUAUCUCAAUAUUCGCCCUUAUUCAAUGACGUCGAUAUCAAAUAUCAUGUUGAAGAGUUCAACGGGGAGUUCAUAAACCAAAAUAUAUAUCGCCAAGAUGCCAGCCCCGAGGUUGAUGCAGCAUGGGAAGCGCUGGGAACUGACUAUCGCCCACUGCGAGUUCCACCAGAAGAUGGUGAGAAGUCUGGCAUCUCAUCCGAUCACGUCAAGAUCAACGAUGAAUAUGGCGGGGGCUACCCUGCCAACUUGGAGGGACUGCACCAUCUCCAUUGCUUGAACCUUCUUCGCAAAUCUCUAUACUAUAAUUAUGACUAUUACCACGAACGCGGCGAAGGCGCCUUUGUCAAUGCAGACCAUGUAGUCCGCAUUCAUGUUUCCCACUGUCUCGAUAUUCUUCGUCAGCAACUGAUGUGUACAAUUGAUACUGGGGUGCUAGGCCGGGUAUGGGUCUUUCCCGACGAACCAACCCCGUUCGUAGACUUCAACACCAAACACAAAUGCAAGAAUUUCGAUGCGAUUCGGCAAUGGGCAGAAGACAAUCAGCUGCCGGAGCAGCCUCCGACAAACUUCAUCCAGCAGCUCCCGAAGAAGGGAGAAAGGGUUUAUAAGGAGAUUCCGUGA